GAGAGAGGUGAGGCCCUGGAAGGGGCGGGGACCGCUGGGCUGGCCCGGGCGGGACGCGGCACUGUGAGUACACGCGCGUGUGCGCGGCGUUGAAAUGCCCGGCCCGUCGGGGCAGCAGGACAGAGCCCAGGGCGUGCGCGGAGCCUCCCAGUGUCUCGCUCCUCCGGCCACAGCCAUGACAGAAAACUCCGACAAAGUUCCCAUCGCCCUGGUGGGACCUGACGACGUCGAGUUUUGCAGUCCCCCGGCGUACGCCACGGUGACCGUGAAGCCCUCCAGCCCCGCGCGGCUGCUCAAGGUCGGAGCUGUGGUCCUCAUUUCGGGGGCGGUGCUGCUGCUCUUCGGGGCCAUCGGGGCCUUCUACUUCUGGAAGGGGAGCGACAAUCACAUUUACAAUGUCCAUUAUACCAUGAGUAUCAAUGGGAAAUUACAAGACGGGUCAAUGGAAAUAGAUACUGGGAACAACCUGGAGACCUUUAAAAUGGGAAGUGGAGCUGAAGAAGCAAUUGAAGUUAAUGAUUUCCAGAAUGGCAUCACUGGAAUCCGUUUUGCUGGAGGAGAGAAGUGCUACAUCAAAGCACAGGUGAAGGCUCGCGUUCCAGAGGUGGGCACCGUGACCAAACAGAGCAUCUCCUCCGAACUGGAAGGCAAGAUCAUGCCAGUUAAAUAUGAAGAAAAUUCUCUUAUCUGGGUGGCUGUAGACCAGCCUGUGAAGGACAACAGCUUCUUGAGUUCUAAAGUCUUAGAACUCUGUGGCGACCUUCCUAUUUUCUGGCUUAAGCCAACAUAUCCAAAAGAAAUCCAGAGAGAAAGAAGAGAAUUGGUAAGAAAAAUUGUUACAACUACCACAAGAAGACCACACAGUGGACCACGGGGCAACCCAGGCCCCGGAGGACCAAGUAACAAAACCACACCCAGUGUUCAAGAGGAUUCAGAACCCUUCAAUCCAGACAACCCUUACCAUGAAGGGGAAGGCAUGACAUUUGACCCGAGACUGGAUCACGAAGGAAUCUGCUGUAUAGAAUGCAGACGGAGCUACACUCAUUGCCAGAAGAUCUGUGAACCCCUUGGGGGCUACUACCCAUGGCCUUACAAUUAUCAAGGUUGCCGUUCAGCGUGCAGAGUCGUCAUGCCAUGUAGCUGGUGGGUGGCCCGCAUCUUGGGCAUGGUGUGAAAUCACUUCAUAUACCAGGUGCUUGUACCAUAAAAACUAACUCAAGAGACAACCAGAGUACGAGGCAUCUUGAUGCUGAAGGAACCACAAAGUAUUUUAUGCACUGUUAUUCGAGAUACUUUUAACAAAUGCUCUCAAUUGCUUUAUAGAACUUUUAUCCAGAAGGUGCAAAUGUACUGAAAGGGUAGUUUAACGCUAAAAUGCCAUAACCAUCCUUUUAUUACUUGCUAUUUUUUAUUUGCUUUGCUUUGCCAAUAAGGCCUACUUAUAAGACUAACUUCCCAAGCUACUUUGAAAUAAACAUGAAAAAUCACAAUGUCAAAGAUCUCAGUUGUACACCGGAGUUCUUUUUAAAAUCAAGUCACUGAAGUAAUUAAAUUGG